GUCGACGAAGACUCUCCAAGGUUUGCAAGGAUGAUACGUAAUCAAGGAACACGACUUGGGUGCGGCCAUUGCAGGUCAUCCUUUUCGUCGACCUAUCUCAGUGAUUAUCUACCCAAUUCAUGACUUCUUCGGCCACCUGCUGCUACGGCGCUGUUGGCUAACUAUUGCCAACAUGACACAGAACUUUAUCAACCAAUCAGGUUGGCUUUCAUUCAACUCAUCCAGCCCAAGACUAUAUAUCACGUCGGAAGAUGUGGAGUUCGACCUAAGUGUCUUGGAAGCAUGGAAGAAGGAAGGCUUCAUGGUUGAAUAUCUGCCCAUGGGCAACGGAGGAAGAGCGUAUCGUGAGAAGCUCGAAAGUCUAGGACGUGGAUUGGGAGUUGGAGAGAAAUAUGCGAUCAUCGCCUUCGGUGCCGCUGCCUCCUUCUGUCUCGAAGCUCAUCUUAGUCCACACGCUUGGUCUUCCCGUCUUUGCUCUUUGGUUGCAUACUAUCCGACCACUGUGCCUGCACCAACGACCAAAUUCCCGUCGCAUAUGCGCGUACUCGUUCACCUGCCCUCUGGCACUGGCGAUACCCCCGAUACCAUUGGAGUUACUCGACCGUCUGAAAUCCUAGGCAUCCAAGGCAAGCGGAAGACAGUUCAAAAGGCAGUCACGCCAGGAGCAGGGUCCGGGGGUCUCCAGUUGCAUAUGAGCUAUCGCUGCUACACGUAUACCGGCGUCGACGUAGGCUUCGCAGAGCGCGACCUAGACGAAUACGACGGUGUCGCAGACGGCACAGCCUUUACUCGGUCCCUGUCCACUAUCAGGCGCGCUUUCGGAGCUGAAGUCGAGCUCGAGCGGCAGUGGGAAGAGAGCUUCGACGCAACAUGGCAGAAACCCAACCUCGCAAAGUCACUCAGCGCAUUCUGCACCGAGCCAGAGCCGUAUGUGGUACAUGCGCCGACACUUACAGGUGGUGUGGGAGCAGACGAUAUGCGGUGCUUCUACGAAGACUACUUCGUACCAUGCGACGUGGAUGAGAAGGCAGAGAUCGGGCUUGAGGUAUUACUACUCAGUCGAACCAUUGGCACAGACAGCGUAGUCGACGAGCUACAUGUGCGGUUCACGCACAAGGUCGUUAUGCCGUGGAUACUGCCUGAAGUUGCGCCCACAGGCAGAGACGUCGACGUCAUCAUUGUCUGCAUUGUGACCCUCCGCGCAGGCAAGAUCUGGUGUGAGCGGAUGUACUGGGACCAAGCGUCCGUACUCGUACAAGUAGGGCUGCUGAAUCCAAACAAUGUCCCGCCGGCGUUGAAGAAGAAAGGCGUCAAGCGACUACCCGUGACAGGAGAGCAAAGUGCCAGUAUAAUUCUUGAUAUAAUGUGUAGAGGCGAGGCGCCCAGAAAGGAAGGAGAGGUUUAUCAGGUGAAUGAUAUCAUUAAGGAUUGGAAAACGGGUACAAAGAUGCUCCGGCGAGCAGCGCCCGUGGAAAACGGCAAGCCGCAAUCUAACAAAUAGCAGUGACCAGGCGAAUGACUGGAUCUGUCGAAGGCUCCAGCUAGUGAACCAAGAUAUCCAACUACUGACUUCAAGAAAUAGUCGUAUAAGAGCAUGUAUAAUAGAAUUAGUAAAUUACUUGUCU